CGCGUGUCUGAGCCACACGCCAGAAGUCAACACAAACACGGACGUCAUGGCAGAUCAGUCGAGCGGGGCUGAGGAGGAGUGAGAGAGUGAAGGGGAGGAGCUGAGGCUCGUCCUGAUUGGUCGAACGGGUUCCGGCAAAAGUGCCUCAGGAAACACCAUCUUAGGAGGCCGUCACUUCCUGUCUGCUCUGAGAGCGGCUUCAGUGACGCGCGUGUGCGAGCGGAGCGGUGCGGCGUGUGACGGCUGCAGGUGGAGGAGGGUGACCGUGGUGGAUAUGCCGGGAUUCGGUGACACUCGACUCGACACCAGUCACGUUCACUCUGAGAUCGCCAAGUGCAUCGCUCUGACCGCUCCCGGCCCGCACGCGUUCCUGCUCGUCAUCCCUUUGGGUCGCUACACGGAGGCUGAGGACCGGGCUGUUGAUGAGAUGAUCCAUGUGUUCGGCAAGGAGGCUCUCCAUCGUCACACAGUGGUUCUGUUCACACGAGGAGAUGAACUGGAAGAGGGAGGAAUGGAACGUUUCCUGAAUGAAUCCGUUCCGGAUCGUCUGACGGUUCUGUUGCAGAGAUGCGGCGGCCGCUAUCACGUCUUCAACAACAGAGAAGCGGAGAACAGAACGCAGGUGAGAGAGCUACUGCAGACGGUGGAGAGGAUGCUGGAGGUCACAGGACACACGUGCUACAGCAGCGACGUGUUCCUGCAGGCGGAGCAGGCCAUACGAGAUGAACAACACCGGAUGAGUCAGGAGCGGGCGGAGCUCUGCAGGCUGCGGCGGGUCAGCAGACGUCAGGCCCUGCGCUCCGCUCUGAGCCGCUUCAGAACAGAAGCCGCUCUCUCGGGGAAGGUUCUGGAGCGUGUGAAGGUGCUGGUCGCCGCAGGAGCCACAGGAAUGGCGGUGGGGGCUGUGUUCGGAGCCGCGGCUCCUCUGGCUUUGGCAGCGGGGGCCUCGGUGAUGGGCGGCUCCGUGGCGGCGGGCGGAGCAAUAGUAGCGGUGGCGUCUGGAAAGACAGCAGUGGCUCUGGGAGCGGCGACAGGUGGCGUGUUGGGGGGUUCGGUGGGUGCGCUGGCAGGGGCAGAGGCUGCAGGACCGCAGGCGGCUGCUUUAGAAGCACUGCAGCAGGUUGGAGCGAUGGGUGUGUCAGUGGUGGGUGUGGCUGCAGGAGUGGGUGGGGCUGUUGGAGCGGGUGCAGCGAUAGGGGCGGUGCUGGAGGGAGGAGCUGAAACGGCAGCAGGAGUGCUCUGUGCCACUAAUGCAGUGACUGCACCUCGAGCGCUGGAUGCUGCUGGAGCGACCGCACGGAUCCUGACGGCCGUGACUGAGAUGGGACGAGCGGCGGUUGGCGUUGUGCUCGCCGGAGGGCUGGUGGUGAAGGUGGUGAAGGAAAAGAUUCGAUCUGGAAAUGGAAACAGCCACACGGAACGAAACUCCUACGAGGUCUACUGGAAUAAAUAAACAAUGAUCACCGUGUGUUUGACAUUGAUGAUUUAUAUAACAGAAAUACCGCACCAGCACUCAUCUUAGUUUAUUACUAAUCCUGUCUCAUUGAAUUCAUGAAAAUAAAUCAUAUGCUGAGAAAUGUUUGGACUAGUUUUGUGUAGAAAAUAAAUCUUUGAAUUUAAAUUGAAACCAAGCAGAUGUGUGACUUCUUUGCAGUUAUGACACAACAUGAAACAACUGAAACCAAUGAAAGACAUGUAUAUGAUUGUGUGUUUAAAGUGAUGUGACUCAUUUUCUUCUGCAGAACCAUAACAUGAUAUUUUCUUUUGUGUUCCACUGUAGAAAGACGAGAGAAUACAUGAUGACAGAUGAUUUUGACAGAUUUUUUCUUGUUGUUUGGACAGGUUUGUUUGGUUUUGUGAAGAUUUCACUGAAAUGCGUUUGUUUAUCUUCUAACGCAAAAUAAACACGUUACACCUUUAAACCUG